AUCAUUAUAAAAUUAAUAUAACGUUACAUACAGUUAAAAAGUACAGGAAAUUAUUUUAGUGGUAAUCGUUAAACUCAAAUAGAUUUGAAAGACUAUUUGGAACAAUGAAGUCUAUACUAGAAGUUUUAAUUUUGUGGAUAUCAUGUAAAAUAACAACGUGUACAAACAAUCUACCAUACUUUCAUCAAUGUCUAUUUGACCUCAGAUGCCAAUGCAGAAAUGAUAAGGAGUUUGUAUAUGUUGAUUGCGCAAGUCAAGAAUUGAAAGAUAUUCCACACCUACCCUUUAAUGUCAAAACCCUAAAUUUGAGUAAUAAUUCGAUUCAGUUUAUAAAGGACUAUUCAUUUGACAACCUUGCAAAUCUGACUGACCUCGAUUUAACAGGAAAUAAACUUCAGACAAAGACGGUAGAAAGAUGUGCUUUUGAAGGUUUAAAUCAACUGAAACGUCUUACAAUUGCAAACAAUGAUAUUGCCGUGAUGUAUUUACCUGAGGGAAUAUUCAAACCGUUGGUGUCAUUGAUGUAUUUGAAUGUAAAACAUAAUGCAUUUCCUGAAAAAAGUCAGGGCAAAAUAAUUGGUGAUCUUCGUACCUUGGAAACUCUGGAGAUUGACAUCAGGGAACCAUAUGUUGGCAGUCUAUUUGGAAAAGGUGUAUCUUUCAUGAAAAGUCUUAAACGACUAGUUUCAGGCCUUUGUACUGUUUAUAUGUUAGCAAGUAUGUCUUUUAUGCAUACAGAACAAUUAGAACACGUCGAUAUUUCAAGUUGUCCAAUAUCAAUUGUUAUUCGCGAUACUUUUAGCAACAUGCACAGUCUGAAGUUUGUGAAAGUACAUUUUCGAAAACUGCUUUAUUCUGCUCAAGUCGACAACAUAAUUCGAGAUUUACAGACAACCCCUAUAGAUACUUUGAUACUGGAACGCACAUUUUUUACAGCAGUCAUUUUCCCAUAUGAUGUUUUCUCCUACUUAAAUAAGACCAAUAUAAGGAGUUUACAUAUAACAAACAAUAUGUUGACGACAUCAUAUACGUCUUCUUCAUUCGAAUAUCUUCCCCCUUCGCUUCGACAUUUGGAUUUUUCAAGUGAUAGAUUGAGACAGUUAUCAAUUUAUAUGCCCUACUUACUGAGAUUGAACCUUCGAAAUAAUUCUUUAGGAACAUUUCUCGCAGGCCAUUCAUAUAUGCUCUCUGCAAAAACAGAUUUGCAAAGCAUAGAUCUGUCGAUGAACAAUAUUCAUUAUUUGACAUUUUCAAUGUUCCAUAACAACGUUCGUCUGGAAGUUAUAAAUUUAAGUCAUAACCAUCUAAUUGACAUAACAUUUGACACUUCACAUUUAUUGUCCAUUAAAAUUUUAGAUUUGUCGGAUAAUUCAAUAACACAUUUCAAUGAGACAAUCAUCAAUGCAAUUACUACUCUUUUCAAAGCUACAUAUCUAAAAAUAGAUCUGACUAACAAUAUGUUGCAGUGUAGUUGUAAUACGGUUAAAUUCCUCCGAUGGGUAUUGGAUCACAAUAACCGGUUUUUGAACAAGGAACGCUACAUGUGCAAACUUGAAAAUGGUAAUAUUGCUAACCUCACAUCAUUAAAAGAAACUGUUAAUCAAAUAAAAAAGGAAUGUUCUUCAUAUUCAACAUUGAUUGUUUGCGUGUCCGUUGGAAUAUUUGCAGCCAUUUUGAUUUUAUGUUCUGGUUUAAUUUAUCGACAUCGAUGGACACUUCGUUACAUGUAUUACACGACAAAAAGUAAAUAUUAUCGUUAUAAACCAGUCGAAAUGGACGAAAUGUACUCUUUUAACGCCUUCGUCUCAUAUUCUGAUAAAGAAAAAGAUUUUAUCAUAAAUGAAUGGAUUCCAAAUAUUGAACAAGCUUGUGACAUGAAACUAUGUAUCCACCAACGAGACUUUCUUCCGGGCGAAGAUAUUACCGCUAAUAUAACGAACGCCAUCCGCGAGAGUAAAAAGACCGUGUGUAUCGUUACACAGUCGUUUCUUGAUUCUUAUUACUGUAUAUUUGAAUUCAAUAUGGCAAGAAUUGAAAGUAUUUACUCUAGAGGAGGACGUAGUACAACAUUCCUGGUAUUCUAUGAAAACAUACAACCGAAGGAUCUUCCUCUUGUUAUGUUAGAACUCGUUCAUCAGCAGUCAUACAUAGAAUAUCAUCAUGAUCAGCAAGGAAAUGUGGUAUUCUGGGAGAAAAUCAAAGAAGUGAUAAAAUAA